AUGUAUCAGCAACACCAUCACUGGGGCAAUUCCUCUUGUUAUUGCGUUGAUGGUGAGCUCAAAGCUGGUGAUGCAAUCCUUUCCUCUCGUCCAGACGCCUUGCUUGCCAAUGGAGGAGCAUUCCUGCCUUCUCCGUCGCUGCUGCCGCCACCGCCACCGUCGAGCUACAUGUCUCACUAUUCGCAGCCCCCGCCUGCCAUUGUUCCUCCACCCAUGGUCAGUCAGCUGCACGCCAUCCCCCACCUGUCCCCGACGUCGUCGUCGUCGUCCGGCAUGGCUGCAGCAACGUCCUCGUCGUCGUUUCGCCGGGCGUUGAGCACGGGAGACCUCAUCGUCCGGGACCGGGAGGAGGAGCAGAGGGUGGUGGCGGCGGCGGCAACAAGGUACAGCGCGGAGGAGCGACGGGAGCGCAUCGACAAGUACCGGAGCAAGCGCAACCAACGCAACUUCCAAAAGAAGAUCACGUAUGCCUGCAGGAAGACGCUCGCAGACAGUCGUCCCCGGGUGAAGGGCCGCUUCGCGCGCAACGGCGGCGACUACACGGAGGCGGAUGCUGUUGCAGACCACCAUGUCCCAGCAGCAGCACAUCAGUCAGAGUCAGAGUCAGACUCGCCGGCAACAGCAGCGGCGCCGAAGUGGUGGCCGCCAGUGCAGGAGGAGUUGCCUGCCGGCAUCAACCUAGCUGAGCUCUGUGCUGACGACGACGAGAUGCUGGCCGCCUACCUUGGAGUCUCCUCCAUCAGUAUAACUGAUCAUCACUACAACUGCCACCCGUAG